AUGGCUGAUCGCGGCGAAGAACUAUUAAAGAAGCCGCUGUAUGUUUUUGACUUACCACACGAUUUGUUGGCCACGUUACUGCUGAAAACUUCUGACGAUCCAAUCCAAACUCUCGAAUCUCGUGAUACUGAAACAAGAGAUAUAUCGACGCCCAUUUUGCCCUAUGAGGAGGAAAGUAAUUCCAAGUCAGCGUCCUGUCAGCUAUGCCGAGUCAAAUACCUGUAUGUUGCGGAACAACGACACCACGUAAAAUCGGAUCUGCACAAUUACAACCUCAAGCAAAAGGUCAGAGGAGGCGAAUUAGUAUCAGAAGACGAAUUUGAAAAGCUGGUGGGCGAGCUGGACGAAAGCUUGUCUGGAUCUGGCUCUACAUCGGAAUCAGAUGAUGGCGAGCCACCGAAAGAGGACCUCCUCAGCAGUUUGCUGAAGCGAAAUGCCAAGCUCAGUAACGUACAAGUCGAUGAAGAAGCCUUGACGGGCAAGAAGAGGAAGCGUGGGGCCGGCAAGCCUCCUCUGUUGUGGUUUUCAGCAUCUACCCUGCCAGAAAAUACGUCAAUAGGAAUCUAUAGGGCGUUAUUCACAAAUGAGGAGCAAGUAUCUCCAGAUAUGGUUGGAGCGCUGCGUCUGAAGCAGCUAAGGCCGGUCCCUACAAAAUCGCCACCGGCCGACUCUUCAGAUGGCGUUCCAUUGCCCUCGACCAUGACCAGCCCUUCCAUCUUCAUGUGUAUGAUUGGAGGCGGCCAUUUCGCAGGCAUGAUCGUUUCCCUCGCUCCCAAGGUUAGCGGCCAUGGUUCGGCCACCGAACAGCGACAAGCAAUUGUUAUAGCUCACAAGACCUUCCAUCGAUAUACAACGCGCCGAAAGCAGGGAGGUGCCCAAUCCUCGAACGAUGCCGCCAAAGGUGCUGCUCAUUCGGCAGGCUCUUCAAUCCGAAGGUACAACGAAAUCGCUCUCGGGCAAGACAUACACAACCUCCUCUCCGAAUGGAGGAGUAUGAUUGAGAAUGCCCAACUAAUCUUCGUCCGUGCAACCGGCAGCUCCAACCGCCACAUUCUCUUCGGGCCUUACGAUGGACAAGUUCUCCGGCACAACGACCCAAGAAAUCGAGUCUUUCCCUUCAGUACUCGCCGGGCCACACAAUCAGAGUUGAUGCGCGCCUUUGUCGAGCUUACCCGCGUGAAGACCAGCCAUGUCGACGAAAAAGCCCUUGCUGCCGCCGCAGCAGAAGCCGAGUCUCAGGCCUCUUCUAAAUCCGCUCCUACGCCAGCAAAACCUUCCUCUCCCAAGCCCACAAAGGAGGAAGAAGAGGCACUGUUCCACACCUCACAGAUUCAAGCCUUGAUACGCCGUUCUAAAGCUCCCGCUCUCCUUUCCUACCUGACCACCAACGCCAUCUCCUCCAGUUAUACCUUCCAUCCGCCUUCUGCCCAGGCGAACCAUCACGCACCCAUGCCUCUCCACCUUGCCGCUUCCACAAAUAAUCCCGCCAUUGUACUGUCCCUACUGACUAAGGCCGGCGCCGAUCCUACACUCAAAAACGACGACGGUAGAACUCCUUUCGAUCUCUCCGGUGAGCGGGCUACGCGCGACGCGUUCCGAGUAGCUCGCCACGAGCUGGGCGAAGAGGAAUGGAAUUGGGGCGCCGCGCAUGUUCCAGCUGCCUUGUCAAGGUCGGAUCUGGAGGAAAGGGAAAGGAGAGGAGAGGAGGUGGCGGCGAAGGCAGAGUCUGAGCGGAGGAAGGCGGAAGAGGAAAGGCUGAGAAAUGAAGGGCAGUAUAUGGGCGUUCAGGAUGGAAAAGCCGGAGGAAAAGGCAGCAAGGGUUUCGUGGAGGCUAAGAAGACAGCGGAGGAAAAGAGGGAGGAAGAAGGAAGAGGUAUGAGCACCGAGAUGAGGAUGAGAAUGGAGAGGGAGAGAAGAGCUAGAGCUGCUGAGGCGAGGCUGGGAAAGCUCGGAGGCGGAGGUGGUGGUAGUGGGCGAUGA